AUGUCAGUCAGGAAAUCCCCUCCUCCAGGUCCAGGGACGGCACUCACCAAACGGGCCAGGGUUGAAGAUGACGAUGAAAUGGACGGGAGGAAUAUGACCAUGACGGUAGCUUCUUCCGGUGAAGGUCAGAUGAAGAACGCUUUGGUUAGGAGUGUGAAGAGGACAAGUGGAUUGGAAGCUCCCAUAGUCAGUUUGAGUGGGGCUCAUGGGGGGGAGAUAACAGCAUGUAAAUUCGAUCCAUCAGGAAAGACCCUAGCUGCUUGUUCAGUGGAUCGGAGUAUAUCAUUAUGGAGAACAUAUCCACCGCAUGAUAAUUACGGAAUACUACCGAAUGUUCACAAGAUGGCCAUUUUAGAUAUGGCUUAUUCGUUAGAUUCAGAGGUCAUAUAUUCUGGCGGAGCAGACGGCAUGUUGAUAGCUACCGACCUCCGAACAGGCGACCGACUUCUACGUUAUCCAGCACACUACGGACCUCUCAAUUCUCUCUCCGUCACCAUAUCCGGUGGUAGGGAAUUAAUCCUGACUGGAGGAGACGACGGUAUAGCUCGUGUUUGGGAUCCGAGCUUGGAAGGGAAAGAUCCGGUGGCAGAGUUUGAUGAUGGAAGGGAUUGUCCCGUCACGGCUGUGGAAUGGAGUGGGGAUGGGAAUCAAUCUUUUGUCGGAGGGGUGGAUAAUGAGAUCAAGGUCUGGGACCUGCGAACGAAUAAAGUUUUGUAUACCCUGAGGGGUCAUACGGAUACCAUCACAUCCCUAUCCCUCUCCCCAAAUACCCACUACCUAGCUUCUUACGCCCUCGACUCCACAUUGAUAAUCUACGACGUCCGACCCUUCUCCGCCGACCCUAUGCGGGUGUACAGAUCCCUCACCGGUGCUCCUGCAGGGUUCGAGAGUGCUCUUAUACGAUGUGCUUGGUCGAAACAUGAUAACGGUGCUAGGAUCGCCGCUGGGGGAGGGGAUAGGAGUGUAACGGUUUGGGAUGUUGAGACUGGGAGAAUUUUAUACAAGUUACCAGGACAUAGGGGGACGGUAACGGCAGUGGAUUUACAUCCUAGAGAACCGAUCAUCCUGACAGGAUCAAAAGACACCAACAUGCUUCUAGGUGAACUCGAUGCGCAAGAUUACGCUUAA